UGCCAGUCUUUGCUGAUGUAGGGGAGCUGAAUAUUAAAAGGGUGAAGAUGGAGUUACUGCUUGCCUGUAUUUCCCCCCUCCCCUUUUUCUGUUUUCUUUAUUGUUAAAAUCUCCAGGUAAAGCGUCUGUGAGCCAGGACCUUAAAGACGUCUCUGGUAGAGGGGUGAGUCAGCGGGUGCAAAACGACCGGGAACUGUUUGGUGGGAGAGACGGUCCCCUCUCCCCGCAGGCAGGAGGCGGCGGAGUUGCUCCGGGGACCGCGGGCCGCCCCACUUCUCGCCGCGCGCGCGCCGGUGGCUCUGCAUCCGCGCUCCAGCGUAUUUAUCGCUCCGCGGUAAGGGGAAACGGAUUUCUGCAGCUGCUUGCGUUCUGUUAUCACCUGUGAGCUCUAGAACUUGGGAUUUUCACAGAAGCCUUUGCUGAGGGAAUCCCGCCUCCGGGCCCAUCCGCAAGGACAACGCUGGCAAACUACGCUCCGCAGCCAUCUCGCUCUUGGUGAACAUUUCACAUCCGCGUUUCCCCUCGGCCUGCGCGAUCUAUCAUGAAUCCAGCCACACCGAGUGUAACUGCGGGUGGGGAGAAGCGCCCAGAUGCCAACGGUCCCCGCCUUUGAGAGUCGACGGCAGACCAGUACUUGCUUGUGGUUUGUGGGGGGAGACUGGAGUUUUGAAUUCCAAUUAUGUGCAGAAUGCUCAAGCUUCUCACCCGGACGGAGCGGACAGUGCAGGAAAGGGGACUCCCAUAAUUCUGGGAUUGCAUUUUGCAUCGCGUCUUCCUAAGUUCCGUGCAAAGGCUCAGAUAGGGAGGGAGCCGGGGCCCCGGGCCAGCGCUGCGGGUGGAGAGCGUCGGCUGGCAGCUCCGCGCGCCCCUGGCCAUGUCGCCUGUAAAGCCCUACCCCUUUGCGUGGCCUACUGAGGGUUUCCCGGGCUGGCCGGGGUUGCUUCCUCGCUGCACGUUCUCUCUUACCCCCAGACAACCCCAGCAGACGAAGCUCCUGGGAACCGAGAGCUUUUGACUCCCCGCUCCCUCGCUCCCGUCUUCCGCUCCCGCCGAGGGGUGGCCUUCAAGAGCUGGACUUUGCCGGCCCCGGCCCCCGGGGGCUGGGACCAUGGUGUUUCUCUCCGGAAAUGCCUCCGACAGCUCCAACUGCACCCACCCGCCGCCACCGGUGAACAUUUCCAAGGCCAUUCUGCUCGGGGUGAUCUUGGGGGGCCUCAUCCUUUUCGGGGUGCUGGGGAACAUCCUCGUGAUCCUUUCCGUGGCCUGCCACCGGCACCUGCACUCGGUCACACACUACUACAUCGUCAACCUGGCGGUGGCCGACCUUCUCCUCACUUCCACGGUGCUGCCCUUCUCCGCUAUCUUCGAGAUCUUGGGCUACUGGGCCUUCGGCAGGGUCUUCUGCAAUGUCUGGGCGGCGGUGGACGUCCUGUGCUGCACGGCUUCCAUCAUGGGACUCUGCAUCAUCUCCAUUGACCGCUACAUCGGCGUGAGCUAUCCUCUGCGCUACCCCACCAUCGUCACCCAGAAGAGGGGCCUCAUGGCCCUGCUCUGCGUCUGGGCGCUCUCUUUGGUCAUCUCCAUCGGGCCCCUCUUCGGCUGGAGGCAGCCGGCCCCGGAGGACGAGACCAUCUGCCAGAUCAACGAGGAGCCGGGCUACGUGCUCUUCUCGGCUCUGGGCUCCUUCUACGUGCCACUGACCAUCAUCCUGGUCAUGUACUGCCGGGUCUACGUGGUGGCCAAGAGGGAGAGCCGGGGCCUCAAGUCGGGCCUCAAGACCGACAAGUCAGACUCGGAGCAGGUGACACUCCGCAUCCAUCGCAAAAACGCCCAGGUAGGAGGCAGCGGGGUGACCAGCGCCAAGAACAAGACGCACUUCUCCGUGAGACUGCUCAAAUUUUCCCGCGAGAAGAAAGCGGCCAAAACGCUGGGCAUCGUGGUCGGCUGCUUCGUCCUCUGCUGGCUGCCUUUUUUCUUAGUGAUGCCUAUUGGGUCUUUCUUUCCUGAUUUCAGGCCCUCAGAAACCGUUUUUAAAAUAGCAUUUUGGCUCGGUUACCUAAACAGCUGCAUCAACCCCAUUAUAUACCCAUGCUCCAGUCAAGAGUUUAAAAAGGCCUUUCAGAAUGUCUUGAGAUUCCAGUGUCUGCGACGAAAGCAGUCCUCCAAACACACCCUGGGCUACACGCUGCAUGCACCCAGCCACGCCCUGGAGGGACAGCACAAGGACCUGGUUCGCAUUCCAGUGGGAUCUUCAGAGACCUUCUAUAAGAUCUCCAAGACAGAUGGGGUCUGUGAAUGGAAAAUUUUCUCUUCCCUACCCCGCGGAUCUGCCAGGAUGGCGGUGGCCAGAGACCCAUCAGCCUGCACCACUGCCCGGGACUUUUAACCAUCAAGCUAGCUGCACACAGCUCUGGUGGAGCUCCGGUUGGAACACUGUUGACAUCUGCUCCCUGUCUGCAAACUGUGCUGUGGAGCAGGGCUGAGCCCAGGCUGCUGUGGGGUCCAUCAUCUUCCAAAAGCAAGGGCAGCAGUGGGGGCCUCUGGCCCUCCAAGUCCCUGCAAGAUGAGCGAGUGCAGAUGACUGUGAUGGGGCCAGGCUGUCAAGAGCAAGCUGAGAUUUGAGCAGAGGAUGCCGGAUCUUGCCAGCAAUCCUGUCAGCAUUACCUCUUUCCCUCCUAUCCAGACCUCAGUGUCACUGGGGCUGUGGAUGGAUCUUGUCUGCUCUGUACAGGAAAAGAUCAUGUCUUGGCUACUGCAGCAUGAACUACUGAGUCUUCUACCUCGAAGGAAGGUCAUGGCAUUGGAAGAGGGCUUUGGAGGAGGAGGAAGACUUACCUUGGACAUUGCUCAAAGCUGUUCGGUAAUGCGUUGCUGCAACUGCUCAACAAGAAACUUCCCUAAAGCUGUUGCUGAUUCAUUUCCAAAGACAAAACAAGUGUCUUUCCUCUACCUGUGGCUCAGGAGUCACUACAUUACUUGCCCUUCAUAGCAUAGUCAACGUGGCAUGUCAUGAGCUAGAAAUGAUUAUUGCGAAACUAUGAAGAGUCCAUAUUUAAUUAGGUAUAAAUUCUGAGAACAAAUUUGUACUAUAUUUGGUGGAGGGGGGGCAGAAAUGAAGGCUCUGAUCUAUUAGAAAACUUGAAAACAGUAACUGCAUUCUGAUGUGAUGGACUUCCGCAGUGGCUCAGCAGUAAAGAAUCCGCCUGCAAUGCAGGAGACACUGGUUUGAUCCCUGGGUCCGGAAGGGAGAAGGGCAUGGCAACCCAUUCCAGUAUUCUUGCCUGGAGAAUUCCAUGGACAGAGGGAUCUGGCGGGCUAUGGUCCAUGGGGUCACAAAGACUUGGAUACAAUUGAAGUGACACAGCAUGCACACACAUUCUGAUGUGAUAGAAAAGAAACUACAGACCGUCCCAACAGAAACUUAAUAUUUUCUUCUGUUUAUAUAUUUCAUACGAGUCCGAAGUACAUUUGCGUAUCUCAAGUCCUACCCCGUGAGGUAGGAAGAGAAAGAAGGAAUAAUCUUUAUUAGCAUAAGAAGAGCCAAAGGGAGGGAUGAGGUUAAGCUGAAGGAUUUCUUUGAAUAUCUUCAAAUCCAGUCUCUGACUUCUUUUUCCAAGAUGCCUUCAAUAUCCCUAAGGUCCACUGCGUUUCUCAAGACCCUGACAUUCACAUUUCACUUACUCACCUCUGAGCUGUAUUUUCAGCUCUGUUUGUACCUUCUCUCCCGCUGUAUCUCUGCUGGUGGCUGGGCCGAUCGAGAUUGUUCUAGGGGCUGAGUGCAUAUUUGUCUAGGCUUCUCUAAUCGGCUAAAAGACAAGCAGAAGUUAUUCUGCUCAUUCUCCCUAGAUAGGCAGCAGCAGAGCUAAGGAAAUAAGCUGGGCAGGAGGGGCUCUUGGCUUGCUCAACGGGGUCACCUGUCAGGCAAAGACAGAAGUGACUGACAUCUUAAGGACGUCAGGAACGCAAAAGUCCCAGAGAGAGUUUUGGGAAUGUUCAUUUUCCUGUGAGCCUGAGAGUUGUAUACACCCUGAUCAUCACCAUGAGCAAGUUGUUCACUUCUUCUCCUGUACCAGGCGCUGCAUUUGGCACAAGAAGAAAAAAAAAAAUACAGAAAGGCACAGACAGUCCCCAGCUUGUGAUCUGGGUGUGUUCCAAACUCAUCUGUUGCAUUUUUCCAAGAGGCAUUGUUAUAAAUGGGGGUGGGGGAGGAUGUUCUCAGAUGAACCAAAAGCAAAAAAUAAAAAUCUAUUUAAUAUACACCUGGGUUUGGCCAACAUUUUCGGCAAAUGGCUAGAUAGUAAAUAAUUUCGGCAUUGUGGGCCAUACUGUCUCUCUCACACAUUCUUUUUUGUUUGAAAUUUUUUGUAGGGAAGGGAGACUCUCUAAACAUGUACAAACCAUUCUUAGUCCACAGCCUGUACCAAGAAAAGCAAAAUAACAUGGGCCAUAGUUUUCUAUCCUUGAUCUCUGCCAUCACUUGUUUACAGCGUAGUACAAACAAUGCUAAGCACUGGAUUUGGUUGUUCAACAGCAAGUUGGUUUUUUUUUUUUUUUAAUGUUCAAUAACCACAUCUACACUUGAUUAUAUCAGCAUCUCCAAACUGUACGAAUUGUUAAGUAAAGUGACAGCGUUCAUGUUCAGGGCUGGAGCCUGCUCCAGUAUGACCUGCCCACCCAAAAGAUACACUCCAGUAUGUCAUUGUGAUUUUCAAUCUCCACUCCUACUGCUGUAUUCUGCAGAGCCAGCAGUUCAGCAGAAGCCCAGAGCCAUCCACAUGGGUCUUUCUAGCUCUUCCCCUCAUUGGAAAAAUAUCCCAGCACAGUCUGGCCGACUCUGAGAGCAGCAACAGCCAACCACAGCCACUUGACCAAGGCCAAUGUGAAGUUCCUCCCGGACUGCUGGAGGCUGCUGUAGGGAGGUCCUCACCGGGCUCCAUGGGGAGGCCUCCUGACCACAGCGCAAGUACCCAGGCAAUUAGGGGUCCACUACUGGAGCUCACCAGGACCUGGGGUCCAGAGGAGGUGCUGGACAGGCAAGGAGGUCAAACCAGUCAAUCCUAAAGGAAAUAGACCCUGCAUAUUCAUUGGAAGGACUGAUGCUGAAGCUGAAGCUCCAAUACUUUGGCCCCUUGAUGUGAAGAGCUGACUCAUUGGAAAAGACCCUAAUGCUGGGAAAGAUUGAGGGCAAGAGCAGAAGGGGGCAACAGAGGAUGAGAUGGCUGGAUGGCAUCACUGACUCAAUGGACAUGAGUUUGAGCAAGCUCCAGGAGUUGGUGAUGGAUAGUGAAGCCUGGCAUGCUGCAGUCCAUGGGGUCUCAAAGAGUGGGACAUGACUGAACGACUGAACAACAAGUUACCAACAGGAGCUCUCCUCCUUCUCCUCCCCCCACCUCCCCUUCUCUUCCCCUCCCCCCUACCCCUCCUCCUUUUCCUCUCUUCCUUUUUGUUUAAGUCUGAAAUGACCUAACUGGACUCAAAAUGGUGUUACUAUGGAAACAUAUUUAGCCCUCCCCUGGGAUAACAGAGCUCUAUUUUUCUGAGCUGGGGCUUUGUGGGAGGGGUCUCCUCCCCAUCCCCUCUGAUAGGCAGUGGGGGGAGAAAGACAGUCCCAGCUGGAAACAAGGUGUGCAGUUCCCUUGGUCCAGGACAGGGUGUGCAUGGCACUAAGAGAUGAGACUUAGCAGAGAUAGGGAUGGGAUGCGGCGGGGGGCAGACCCGAUGGGGAAGGACCUGGGAGCUUGGAGACCUGUCAGUUGUAAAUAACACUGCCAGCGGCAGGCAUAGAAUGGAGGACUGGGCAGACACUGCUCCCGCUUGGCAGCUUCCUCUCCCUCCUCCCAGCCCUGUCUAUCUUCACCGUCUCCCUUCUUUGCUUCCCCUGUCCUUCCUCAUCACUUCCUCUCUCUGCAUCAUUCCACCCUCCACCUCUUGUAAAACCUAUGAUGAUGUUGGGGUGGGUGCCCUAACUCCAGAGGGUGCCAGUUCCGAUGGGGUACAGUGCUGGCAAGCUGGUGCUUCCCUCAGCUGCUGCAUCUCUCCCACGGCAGACCACCACCUUCCCGUGAGUCCAGGGCAGGAGAGGCCCCCAGUCUGAGAGCACAGAGGAAGCCUCCCCAAGGAGGACCCUUACCCUCUGGCAGGAUUGCUGUCUUUGUCUUCUUAUACUAUUAGUUCCAAAGGAAAGCUACAAGCACCAUGUGCAGUCACAUCUCAGAAAAGAGUCAGGAGUGGUAUUUGCUCUGCCCCUCCCCCCUCCCCAGACGUGUGUCUCUUCUUUUACCAGCUGCUGCAUCCCCCUCUCUGAUGUUCAGAAGUCUUUACAGACCCUACAAUGCCCCCUUCUCUUCCUCUUCUUCAUCAUUUGUCUCUGGAUUUUGUUGUUUCUUCCCCUUUUCCUUUCCCUCUUAGGGUCUCCAGGGCCUUGAUUAAUGCCAUAAAGUAAACUUGGUUUCAUGUCAGCAUGAGGCAGUGGUUAUUCCCCCAGAAGGGAUGCUAUGCUGUGCCAAGUCACUUCAGUUGUGUCCGACUCUUUGCAGCCCAUUGGAUGGUAGCCCACCAGGCUCCUCUGUCCGAGGGAUUCUCCAGGCAAGAAUACUGGAGUGAUACUGUAGGUAGAACUCAACUGGAUGCAAGGUGUUCCUUCAUUCCUGAUGCUCCUAUCCCCAUCUUUAUCCCCCCAGCCCGCCCAUUCCUGGACUGUGUUCCCGGAUUCUUUUUCUUCUUUCAUCAUAUUCACCAGGAGCCUUCUUACUGUAAGAAAAAGAUCCUCUCCUUCCUGCCCGCUUUUGCUGACGCAGCUCUUAGCAUUUGUAAUCCCUCCAUUUGCUAGGGCCGUCAUAACAAAGGACCACACACUGAGUGACUUAAACAGCAGAAAUUUACUCUCUCCAAGUCUAGAGGCUGGAAGUUCAAAAUCAAAGUGUCGGCCGAGUUGGUUCUUCUGAAGCUUCUCUCCUUGACUUACAGGUAGCCAGCUCCUCCUUGUAUCUGCACACAGCCUUCUCUCUGGACGUCUGUGCCCUAGCUUCCUCCUCUUAGAAGGACACCAGUCCUAUUGGAUCAGAGCCCAUGCCAAUGACCUCAUUUAACUGAAGGUACAUCUCUUAAGACCAUACCUCCAAAUACAGUCACAUUCUAGGGUACUAGGAAUUAGGAUUUCAGCAUACAAAAUUUAGGGGGGAAACAAUCCAGCCCAUAGCACUUCCCUCCCCACUGUCUUCUUUCUUCACAUAAAAAUGUAUCCAUAAUUCUUUUCCCAAAUCAGAAGUUCAAAUGCAGUCCUUCCCAAAGACCCUCUCCACGAUCCUACAGCAGUUAUCUAUCACAGGUAUUUGGCAACUACUUGUGCACUUCGGGGGCUUCCCUGGUGGCUCAGACGGUAAAGAAUCUGCCUACAAUGUGGGAGACCCAGGUUCAAUCCCUGGGUCAGGAAGAUCCCCUGGAGGAGGAAAUGGUAACCCACUCCAGUAUUCUUGCCCAGAGAAUCCCAUGGACAGAGGAGCCUGAUGGGCUACAAUCCAUGGGGUCCCAAAGAGUCAGACAUGACCGAGUGACAAACACACUUGUGCAUGGUAUUGUGAUCUUUCCGUUGCUUUUUAAAAUCUAUAACUCCUUUUUCACUGUAAAAUGUGCUUUACACCCUACCUUUAUUGGUUCCAUGUUCUCAGCUAGAUGGAAACUCUGGGAAAGCAGGAACUGUCAUAUAGUUCCAUGUGUGUACAGCAGUCCUCAGCACCUAGGUGUCAUCUCUGAAGACAGGCUCUCCUAAGCAGGCCAGGAGAAAGGAAGCAUAGAGAAGCCAGGGACCACUAAUCCAAGCACUAGUAAGAGGCAGGGGCUGGGAGCUGGGAGGCCAGGACCACAGGUGCUGAGGAACACCAGAUAAUCCACCAGGAAAGUCCAGGUAAUAGUUCAUAACAAAAGGCUUCUGAAAAUUUGCAGCAGGAAUGUAAUCAGAAUGCAGAGCCCAGCAGUGGGGAAUCCCAGGCUGUUUGUUUCCAGACCCACAUGCAAACACGGAAUCACCCUCAGAGCCAUCAAUGAAUGGGACAGACUCUAGACCCUGAGAAAGGGUGAGACAGAGCAGGAUUGGAUCAAGAACCAAAGCCAGGGAACUCCCUGGUGGUCCAGUGGUUAAGACUUGGCCUUUUAACUGCCAAGGGCUCAGGUUCAAUCCUUGGUCAGGGAACUAAGAUCCUGCAAGCCCUGCAGUGUGGCCAAAAAAUAGAAAAUGAACCAAAGGCAGAAUGCUUUGGUCCUGGGAGUUGGGUCACUGAGAAGCCGCAUGUAGGAGACUGUGGUUACCAUAGGCCCCCAUUCCCAGCAGUGGCUGAGUUAAUGCUAUUUUAAUGACGUCUGCCCUAUAUCAAGAUUAGCUUGGAAAACUGGUGCCAACCAGCCUUCAGAUAGCCUUUCCUCUCUUGUCUCACAAGAGUAGAGGAAAGCAAGAAACACUGAUUUGAUUGGCUCUGAGGAUGUAUACAGUCAUUCUCUCCUCACAGGCCUUUUAAUUCCAACCCAAAGACCACCUCCCGCCCUCACUGCCUAAACCCUCAGUGACUAUAUAGUGUCCAAUCUCAGAGGCUGCUGCUUCUGCCUCUUGGGAACCCCCAGCCUGUUCCCUUAGAGCACCGGUGGCCUUAGAGGACCUUGGUCUGGUCCCCUUGCUUCUCUUCAGAAAAUCUGAUCCCACUUCUGUUUCAUCAAUCCACUUAAGUCAUUGUAGACAAAUUUAUUACCUGCCUGGUGCUUUCCUGACAGCCAAAGAGCGAUGCCUUCUCUUCUGCCUGGAUUUUGCUGAGAAGUGCAAGCCUUUGUUCUCAUUUUGAAGAAUCAGCUUAGCAUCUGCUGUCACGCUUUCUGGGUGAAGAACCAUCCACUUCAGUUUUCUGGUCCCUUGCCUCCUCCCCAGAGACCCUCAUAUUGGAAGUGUUUCUGGUUCCAUGCUAUCUAGCACAAGGGAACACCGUUUUGUCCAGAGUAAUGUGGUUUGCUAGCUUCAGGCCAACCUAGAAAUUAUAGGAGGGAUAAAAUCCCAUGAAAAGGCAGGUCCUACAAAAGCAUUAAAGUGUAUUUAAACCAAAACCAUCCAAAAAUAGUUUUGAUUGAGUGUGGCAAUGGCUUAUUGAUUUAUCCAAUAGAAAGAAAAAGCUAUCUUUCUUCCUCACUCUGGUCCUCUUGCCUUUUGCUAAACCCAGCAUUAUCUUCCUAAUGAAAACAUUUCAGCUCUGCAGCUUGGUUAAUGGAAAUCUCAAGAGUAGGAGGGUCCUUGGUACAUUAAUCAAAAGCUGAGCAUCAGUAUGAAUGCAUCUUAGCCCCAGUGCCCUCCCCACCCAGGCCCUCUGUCAUAGCAGAGGUGACAGUUGUUGAAAAGAGCUGGGACAUGGGAAGCAUUGAUACUUGAGGAGAUGAAUGAGCAGAUUUAAUAAAAAAUAAGGAUAUUCAAAUUCAAUCUGAUAAGUAGGAAGGCUAUUAAAGAGUAAGCUGUUGAGGGGCUUCACUGGUGGUCCAGUGGCUGAGAAUCUGCCAGUCAAUGCAGGGGCCAUGGGUUCGAUCCCUUCCUGGUCCAGGAAGAUCCCACAUGCUGCAGAGCAACUAAGCCCAUGCACCUCAACUAAUGAGUCUGCGCUCUAGAGCCAGAAAGUCAGUACUGCUGAGCUCAAGUGCCACAACUACUGAAGCCUGGGCACAUAGAGCCCACACUCUGCAACAAGAGAAGUCACCGCAAUGAGAAGCCCGAGUACCGCAACUAGAGACUGGCCCCCACUCCCCGCAGCUAGAGAAAAGCCCACACAGCGAGACCCAGUGCAACCAAAAAUAGAUCUUUUUUUUUAAGUAUAAAAUAUUCUUGAGCAAAACAAACAAGAAUUGUAAAUAUUUAAAUAACAAAUUAUUGCUAAUUUUCUACACGCUUUCUUAAUGUAGUUAAAUACCUAUCAGGGAGUCAUUGAAUAAAAAAGUGGAGUCCCCUUCUUGCUUUUGUCUCUACUUCCAGCAACUCCCCUGACCUUCUGCUUUCUUAUUCCAAUCACACGCAACCUUGAUCCCUAAACUUCAGCACACAAGAGCUGCCACUCUGCAACAAAAAUUUUGCUUCAGCUUGUAAAGCCUGAGUCAAAACACAUGCUUUCUUCAUCAGAUGUAGAAGGAGGAAAAUAGCUAUUUUUGUCUCUGGGGUAUAAAGCCAUAAGCAAUCCAUUUUCCAGUGUUACCACACCUACUUAACCCGAUGUUGCAGACAAUGAAAUGAGUUUGCUGCCUACAAGGCACUGUGAUGGAGUAUGUAGAGAUAAAGCUUUAAAGAGUAAAAAUUACAUUUUUGGAGCAUCUCUGAUGUGAGAGAUGCAGUGAGCUAAGCCCACUGCCCAUUUUUGAUAUGGUAAAAUACAAAAUUUUACAGUCACAUUACCAAAAAAGCAUUUUCACAGAGAACCAAUAGAGUGAUAUGAGUAUGAGAAGAAUAAAAACAGUAGUCAUAAGGGAGUUCAGGGUAAAGAGAAUGACUGGAAAAAGCUGAGCCGCCUCUGUACCUUUCUCUGGAGCUCACCUGUGUAGGCACCCAGUUUGCUGAGCCCUUGGCCCAUCAUAGGAGGGGAACGUGUGGAUUAAGUAAGCAGGGGCCUGGGAGCCACAAAACCUGGGCUUCAUUUCAAGCCUCAACUUAAUACCUAACGAGGAUCUUGGACAAAUCAUGCAACCUCUCUUGGCCUCAUCUUCCUCACCUGUGAAAUGGAUAAGCAAAUGAAAUGAUGGAGGUGAAAUUAUCUCACAUGAGGAUAAAACAUUUGAAAUCACAAUAUCCCCUGAUAACUGCUAGCCCUCUGUCCUUGUCUUCAUUUCCCUCCCAAAUGUUUUAUAAAUAAAUGAUAUAAUUAUAAAUUAGAUCACCUUUACAGUAUCUUAACUGGAGGAGGAAAUGACAACUCAGUCUAGUAUUCUUGCCUGGGAGAUCCCAUGGAUGGUAGAGCCUGGCAGGCUACAGUCCGUGGGGUCACACAAAAGAGCUGGACACAACAGAGCAUGCGCACACACACAGAGUAUCUUAAAGCACUGAAAACCCCACGUUCAGGAAAAGACAGACUAAGUCUUCCUGUUUCCUUUGCUCCUUAUCCUAAUUCAGUUGAUACUUUCUAGAAGUUGGUCAUCACCAGUUCAAGACACAAGUAUUCUUUCCCUAGAAAGGAAUUCACAAGAUGGGUGCUUUACCAUUGCCUGGAAGCUGUCACUUGUAAAUUUAGAGUGCUCGGCACCAAAUUCCAAGUUUCAGUUAUUUCUCCACACCCCUCCCCCAACCCAUCAUGAUGCUAUUUUCCUUGGAUUGGAAAUAAACCCACCAGAACAUUUUGUUUUAAUUUUUAAAAGUCAGACUCACUGGGCUACUCUAAGGCUUUCCAGCCGACUUUCAGAUUAUAGACAGCCCAGAACAAGAAUAUCAGGGCUGGUGUUUGUAACCUUUCUCACACUGAUGACUUAUUUGGCAAAUAGGAAGUAUUUUGUUAGCAUCAUUGCGCUAUGAAAGACACUGUACGGGAUGCAGACACUAUAAGAUGUGUGUGUGUUUAUACAAUCAACGUUAUGAGGAAGAGAAGUAAUUUUGACCAGAGCGAUUGAAGCAAAGCUUGGGGCUAAAAUUCAUCUCAGGAAAAAGGGCUGGACACCACUUGGCCUGGGGAACCGUCAGCAGUGUUUACAAGAUGCAAUAGCAAAUUCCGGUCAUGACCCAUGAGCUGUUUAGAUUUCAGCCGGAAUUAAAACCCACAGCAUGGGAGCACCACGUCAUAGUCUUAGAUCUAAUUUCAAGUGCUGCUCGCGAGAGCCUCACCAUUUCUGUGGACCCCUCCUGAAGAUCUCUGGGAUCCUUCAGGCAAGAGGCGUGACAGGAAAGUCCACACGCUAGCUCACCUCACCACGGCUAAGUUUGCCCAGAGCAAUCAGUCGAUCAAAAGACUGUGCUUGGCGGAGGACCCGCCACCAUCGUCCUGCCAAAUGGUCUCUUGUGACUCAGAAUCUCAAAGUUGUUUUAAAGGGAGGGGGAAAAGUCACUUUCAGGGAUGAGGUUCUUGGCCCAACUCUGCUUUGUACAAACACAGUCUGUGUCUAUUUUGGUAUUCUGAGUUUUUGAAGCAGCUGUAGAGUUGUGGCAAGGGUGAAUGGAUUGGUGUUGGCCCAAAUCAAAAAGAAGAGUUCUCCAUCCUUUCAGUGCUGGGGGAUGGAAAACUGAGAGCACCACCUCAUAGGGAGCAGCAUGUGACAGGGCUGCCCAAAGGGAAGUAAGUGUGGACAUCCAUUCACAAAGAACUGUUUGCGAAAGCCCAAACUAGUACAGAUCAAUACCUUUGUUAGGGGUAAGAAUCUGUACUCUGCAGAAGGAUAAAAUUUUGAUCAUGUUGACGCAGAAUGUCUAGUAUGUUAAGACUAUUAAUAUAAUUUAUUAAACAUCGAUCUGCCUUGUUUUUUGAGGGGACAUGGCUCAAACAGUAAAGAAUCUGCCUGCAAAGUGAGAGACCUAACACAGAGAUCCCUGUGUUAGGAAGAUACCUGGAGAAGGGAGUAGCAACCCACUCCACUAUUCUUGUCUGGGAAAUUCCAUGGACAGAGGAGCCUAGCGUGCUAAUAGAAACAACUAAGCAACUAGCACUUUCACUUUUUUUUUCACACCCAUUACGGAGCUCAGUGGUAAAGAAUCCACAGGAAAUUCGAGUUGGAUCCCCUGGGUCAUGAAGAUCCCCUGGAGAAGGAAAUGGCAACCCUCUCCAGUAUUCUUGCCUGGGAAAUCCCAUGAAGAGAGGAGCUUCGUGGGCGAUAGUCCAUGGGAUCACAAAGAGUCAAACAUGACCUAGCAACUGAGCAUGUACACACACCCAUUAAAUGAAGCCAGCUCCUGGUUCAUGAGUGUGAUCCUCACGACCUAUUGAAGGCCAGGGGUGCAAGGGAGAUGGUCUCCAACCCAACCCCCUUUCCUGGUACCCACUGUCUUUUGAAUGCACCUCAGGAACCUGUAAGCCUUCCCGCCCAUGUGGACCUCCUUCUUUAACAUUUGUCUGACUAAGGCACAAAUCUAGCAUAUCACUGUUGCUAAUGCUGGGACAUCAGUGAUUUAGAAAAUGAUAAUGUAAAGAGAAAAAGGAAAACUAGUAUGAGGUAAAAUAGCUCAGAGACUUCCCUGGUAGUCCAGUGGUUAAGAAUCCACCUUUCAGUGCAGGGUAUGCAGCUUCAAUCCCUCGUUGGGGAACUAAGAUCCUGCAAGCCACUGGGCCCCUGAGGCCAUGCACCUCACCAAGAGAGGAGCCCCCACAUGCUACAAUGAAGACCCAGAGCAGCCAAAAAAAAAAAAAAAUAGCUCAAUGUUUCAAGGAUCAGCUUAAGACAACUCUCCCUAUUGUGUUCUGAAAAAGUAAACACUGAAGUUCCUUUUGUGUCCUUCAAUUGAAAGCAUAUCCACAGAGGUAGAAGCCAUGCUGUAAAACAGUCACCUUCCACCAAGGGAAGCUGCCCAUUGCAUACAUGGAUCUGCCCCUCAUCUAUCCAUUCUGUCACAUUCACUGAGGCACCUGUGGUCUGUAGAGAGUCCAGGCAAGUCAAUGAGAGCAGAGCGUGGUAAGGACUAGUACACACGCAUUCACAUGGUACUGUGGGAGUUUGGUUGAAGGCAUCCAGUUCAGCCUCACAGUUAAGCUUCUCAAAAAUAGUGACGUCUAAGUGGGAUCCUGGAGGAUGAAAUGGAACUGGGAACAGAAGGACUUAUUCCAAGCCAGGAUGGGACGCAAAGGCCCAGGGGCUGUGAGCCUCAUGCACCGGCCAGGCUAUCUCCUCCUCCAAUGGACCAGGGCACGUAGAUGUCAGCCUUGCUUAUCAUGGUGGCCACUUGGCUCUGCAAAUCCUCACCACCUCUCAUCCUCUCAUCCUCUGCAGGCUUUUCUUCUCACUUUUCUUUUCAGCCAAGGAAGAACCGAGGAAGAGCCAGUAACUGAUGAGUCCAGGGGUUUUCUUAUCAGACCUCCCGUAUUUGGCUUGGCUGGAAAGCCUUAGUUUCUCAGUCUUCUGGUUAUCUUUGGUCUCAGGGCUUAGCACAGCAUUACAAAGGGAUGGCUAAACAGAGAAAAAAAAACUCUAUGUCUCAUCAUGCAAAUAAACAUUUGCCCCAACAUGAAGUAGCUAAUCCAUUAGAAUAACCAAAUGCUUUGGAGGUCUUAACAAGCUAAUCUUCGUUGAUACAAUUGAAAAGUUUUUGAUGUGUUUAAAAAUUGAGGAAUUGUUUGUAGCAAGAAAAUGUUGUGCAAUAAGUUUCAAAGAAAGAAUUUUUCCUAUCCCCUCCCCUCCCAAAAUGCUGUGUGCCCAGAAGCUGGCUUCCCAUUGUCCUUAUCAGAGGGUGGGAGGUCCAUCAUGGAGGGUCCAUCACUGAAGGGUCAGUAUCGUAUGUUAUAUCAGGGCAUAUUAUAAUUGAAGAGUGCCUGGGAUUUUAUUACGCACCAAAUGCAGCAGAGGUGGCAGGGGGAGAGACAAAAAAGAAAAGGUCUUGGAGCUGCAUUUUUUACAAUCAACUAGCCAUAAGGAGGGACUUGACUUUCUGGGACUAAGGAAAACAAAUUUGGAGGUUCAUUCUGUCUGUGAAAAUAAAACUGUACUUUAGGAAAUAAAGCUGAUGCCAUUUAAACAUGAACCACAGGACAUUCCUGGCUUACUGCAGCUUUUAUGUCUUAUCUCCUCAUUCAAUCUGUUAAAAAUAUAAAGACGGCAUUUUCGCGUUGCCAAGGAAGCAAAUGUGAGCUGAUGGGCUGAUUUUAGCUGCUGUGGUUUUCCUAUAAUCCUUACUAUUGUUGCAGCAAAUAAGAUCCUUGUAAAGUACAGUCCCACUACGCACUGUUCAUGUACACAACCAUCUUCUCCAUGUCUUAGUAUUUUGUCGAUUGAGUUGAUCUUACCAACUUUUCCCUCCUUGUAACAAAGUUCAUUUGAAUCAUGCUGGGAGUUCGAUCUUUGCUCUGUGCUAUAGGAGGGAGAAUUCUCUCUGUUGUCAGGUAAACACGCUCGUGUGUAUGAAUCGUUAUACUUGAAUUCACUGCAGCAUUUUGUAUGGAUGCUAUAUAUGACCCCCAGGCUGGCUACAAUGGCUUCUAAAACUUUUCACUCUUUUUAAAUGGACUCAGUGUCCAUGGAAUGUGCUGUUUAAGUGUUUCUGAAUUUUCUACAUGCCAUUUUUAUAGAUCCAUUUGUUUAUGAUGUGAUGUGGUGAACAAUCAUGUUUUUUUUUAAGAAAACAAAUGUAUAUAUUUACUAAGCAGAUGAGUAAAUUAUUAUUAUCAAACAAAUAGACUUUAUGAAUCAUGCAGCCCACUGUUCAAAAGGAAUUUAUUUGUUGAAUAAAGUGACUUCAAAUUAUAAGCAUUUAUAAUGUCCUGCUAAAUAUGGAUGCCAUAAUAUUUAAAUUGUGUUGCUCAAUAUCAAUGUAUAUUCUCUAAUAAAAUAUUUUAAACCUC